AUGAACCUUCCCUCUGGCAACGAUGAUCUUUAUUCCGCCACCGAUGCGCACGUAUCUAUCCCCCUCGGCAUCUUCAUCGGUCUUCUGGCGUCAUUCGUGCAGUCGCUGGGCCUCACCAUACAACGGAAGAGCCAUGUCAUCAAUGAAGGGCUACCUGAAGGCGAGCGCAAGGUGGAACAUCGGAGGCCGAUGUGGAUUGUAGGCUUCCUAAUCUUCAUAUCCUCCAACAUUCUCGGCUCCCUAGUGCAAAUCGCGUCGCUCCCUGUCGUCAUCCUCGCCCCUCUCGGUGCAGUCUCACUCCUUUGGAAUGCAUUCUUCGCAAGGCUCAUCCUUGGCGAUGUCUUCUCGCCCUGGAUGGUGCUGGGUACAGUUCUCAUAGCAGGAGGUGCCGUCCUCAUAGCUAUAUUCGGCAUAGUGCCAGAGCAGACACGAUCGCUCGAAGACCUACUGGAGCUAUUCAGACGACCAGGUUUCGUCGCUUACUUUAGCGUCCUGGGCGUUGUAGUGGCUAUCGCUCUGAUUUUGACACACGCCCUUGAGUUUACUGUCUCGCGACGACUCAAACGUGAAGCCGCGAACGCGCCAGAAUCCCUCAGCGACCCUGAGAAUCCCCCACCUACUGUGCUCACCACCGGACUCUCGGUCAAUGUUGCGCACGAGGCUGUAGACGAACGAACCCCGCUUAUAGACCCAAAGGCGUCGUCUGCAUCCUCUUACGCCGAAUCUAUCUCCUCUCAUCAAUCUGUCGAGGUGGACCAGAAGACUCGCCGCAUGCGCGUACUUCUCGCCAUAUCCUACGCAUCCAUCUCGGGAAUAUUAUCUGGGAUGUGCCUGCUGUUCGCGAAGAGCGGCGUCGAAUUGCUUAUGCUCACCAUACAAGGCGACAACCAAUUCUGGCGUUGGCAGGCAUGGAUCCUGGUUUUGGCGCUUGGCGUGUUCGCUCUCUUGCAGCUUUGGUACCUUCAUAAGGGCUUGAUUCUCGCCGACCCAACACUUGUGUGCCCAUCGGCUUUUUGCUUCUAUAACCUAUCUUCCAUCGUGAACGGCCUUGUUUAUUACGACCAGUUCGCGCUCAUCGCUCCGUGGCACCUCGCCCUUGUCGCAGUGGGGAUGGUCAUACUCUUGGGCGGCGUCUGGGUUGUCAGCAUCCAGACCGACGACAAAGGCGAGGUCGACGAGAUAUGGAGCGGCUCCGAGAGCGACGAGGACGAAGAGCCGCUGAUUGACCUCAACGAUGAGGAUGAACAAGGAGUCGAUGGCGGUACCAGCAUUCGCCUGGAACAUACAGGAAGUCCACACACGCUCGUCGAUACUUCCAUCCCCGGCGAAGCGAACGAAAGCUCCACACACGCAGCGGACACGUCGCCCAGCUCAUCCGCUCCGUUCUCUUCCCGCCGCUCGGUUGGCCUCAAAUUGUCCAUUCCUGGGCGCAAGCAAAGGUCCAGCUUGUCUUCGGCGCCGCCUCCUUCUGCCCCACCCCAUGUCUCUACGCACGAUCCCUCUCCCUUAUCUCCACCUCUCGAACGCCCCUCGCGCUCAAGACAUCGAACCUCUCUGGAUUAUGGUGGUCUCGGAAGCCCGCCAUUCCGACCUUCUCGCGAAGGUCGCGUGUCCUCGCAUAGUCGGGCCCUAUCUCCUCCGCCCAUAGUGCCCGGGUUCCAGAUUGGUCUCUCUGCCAUGAGCCCGGGCUUCUCCGUUGUUCCCAAACAGAGCGCGCACGAACGCACCCAUACGCAUACAGGGAAGCGGCGGCGACAAACAGAGUUGGGUGGGGGAACUGCGGGCAUGAUGAGCCAGAGCGUCAGCAUGGGCCUACCUGGUGAUACUGCAGACCCUAGCAAGCAACCCCGGCGGCGGACUGUUAGCGAAGGCGAUGUGCAGGGCCAGCUGAAUCAGCUUGCACGAGGGGGAGGCGCUGUGGAUGCUGCGCAUGAUGCGGCACCUCCUGCUGACGACGCUCCAGAGGACCGGAUGAAGGACAAGGGAAAGCAGCGAGGCGGACAAGGCAGUCCCAGUAACGUUAGCGGGUCAUGGCUCAACAAGUUGCUUAGGCGAUAG